AUGCUUCUCACACCAGCCAAUCUUGCAAGACCGAUGGAUACUGAAAACUCUGACAACAAUAGCAGUAAGAACAGUAACUCGUUCAUGCGCUCCAUCGUUUCUUCCUUAAUGGUUAAACCAAUAUCAUCCCUCACAAACACAGUCACAAGAAACAAAGGUAAGGGCGAAAGCACUCCGCGCAAUAGCACACCUAACAAAAUUACAAGAUACGAUUUGUUUAAAGCUGCUGCUGAUAAUGACUUGAAAAGAAGCAAGACCCAAGAAAGGGCCAAAUCCAGAAGAGGCUCCAAUAGUAGAUACAAUGACGACAUUUCUGUGUCUAGUCCUAUUUCAGGAAUCCAACGGAGUAGAAGCAGUAUAUAA